ACUCCACAGUCAGACAUUCAGAGGGACUUGGCUCUCCUUUUGAAGACUUCUCAUCUCCUGUUCUCCUCUCCUCAGAGAGUCGACAACCUUUACCACUGCAGACAUGAUGAGGAAGGCAUACUCAGUCUCAAGCUCUAGCAACAGCAUGAGGAGGUCCUUUGCACCAGUCAGCUACUCCGUACAAAGAUCCAGUUAUGGUGCUGGAGCUGGUGCGGGUGCUGGUGCUGGUCUUGGUUUUGGUGCUGGUUCUGGAUUUGCCAUGUCUUCAAUGGGGGGUUCUGGUGGCUAUGGCUUUGGUUCUUCUUCUAGCCAAGCCGCAGGCACCUACAUCCCUCCACCCAUCACAGCUGUCACAGUCAACCAGAGUCUGCUGGCCCCUCUGAAUCUGGAGAUCGACCCCCACAUCCAAGCUGUCCGCACCCAUGAGAAGGACCAGAUCAAGACCCUCAACAACCGCUUUGCCUCUUUCAUCGACAAGGUCCGUUUCCUGGAGCAGCAGAACAAGAUGCUGGAGACAAAAUGGAACCUCCUUCAGGACCAGACC